AUGUCACUUUCAUCGGAACUAGCUGUAGGGAUCGAAGACAACGAUUUAUCUUUUGGUGAUAACAUGCUGAAAAAUAUCAGGUCUGAUCUGAAAGUCAUCACCGAUGAGAAUAUUUCCGUGACCCAAAGAAUGAUUAGCGCCUGUUCGGGGAGUCUUAUAACCUCGUUGGUUGUAACGCCGUUUGAUGUAAUACGGAUUAGAAUCCAGCAACAAGAAAUCCUACCGCAGAAUGAACCUUGUUGUCAUGUUCAUUACCCUGAACAUUUUGUAAAGCAGUUACCGAAACAUGAGGCGGCAGCUUUGGCCACUUCACCAGAGUUAUUUUGGAUCCACAACAAGUAUUGUCGUCCUGGGACUGAACAGUGCACUCGUAUAACGUCAACUUUUCAAGGGUUCUCGACAAUAGCAAAGCAUGAAGGUGUUGCCACUCUAUGGCGUGGAUUGUCGUUGACUUUGCUAAUGGCGAUUCCAUCGAAUAUAAUUUAUUUUACUGGGUACGAGUACAUUCGAGAUCACUCACCAUUUGGAUACUCGUCAUUCAAUCCAUUACUUUGUGGGGCAUUGGCUCGGAUCAUGUCAGCGACAUUUGUUGCUCCGGCGGAAUUGAUCAAGACGCAAUUGCAGUCAAUCCCCAGUGAUUCGAGAAACUCAUCCCACGUAUUGAGUCAUCUUUUGAAAGACUCAAUGGCAUUGGUUGAAAAAAAUGGUGUGUUUACCUUAUUCAAAGGAUUGCAGAUCACACUCUGGAGAGAUGUACCCUUUUCAGGUAUUUACUGGUCUUCUUAUGAAGUGUGCAAGAAAAAUAUUGCUCGUGCAUUGAAGACGGAUUUCAACAACUCUACUGGUGGUGGUGCUGAUGAUUGGAAAGUGUUUACAACAUCUUUUUUGUCAGGAUCUAUAUCCGGUGCCAUUGCUGCUUUUUUCACCAACCCUUUUGACGUUGGUAAAACAAGGCUACAAAUAACUAUGGAUGACGGGGAUACGAAGCGUAAGCCCAAGACGAACAUGUUUAAAUUCUUGGCAAACAUUUAUAGAAAUGAGGGAGUUAGUGCAUUGUACUCGGGUUUUGGUCCAAGAGUAAUGAAAAUUGCACCGGCAUGUGCCAUUAUGAUUUCAUCAUAUGAGGUGGGUAAAAAAUUCUUUAAAAACGGGAACGUAGCUAAUGAAUAG